UAUGGCAACGAUUUUAAAGACGUUAGCUUAUGAGGAAAUAGCCAAAGAUCCAUUGGCGCUUUUACUUAAAAGUUAUAAAACAUCAAUUAAACUACCAAUUAAAAUAUCAGAAGAAUUAUUACAUUAUAUUAAUGAACGUGAUCUAGGUAUAACGGAAAAUCAUUUGAGAAUAUUCAAAAUAAUUGAUUGCCAAUUCACAAGGAUAAUCUUACAAGGAAACAAAUUAAUUGAUUACAAUUGCUUUGAAUUAUUUCAAGGAAAACAUAUUGAAAGUUUAGAAAUAGAUAAUUUAGCUUGUAGUAAUUUCAAGUGGCUUGAAUAUAUCGAAUCGAAUCAUUUAAAAGCUCUGAAGAUAAGUCGAGGAAAAGUUGCCUUAGCAACAAUGUAUAACGAUACUUUUCUUAGUAGACACAUUGUACACUUAAAAAAUAUCGUUGAUUUGAAUGUAUCUUGGUGUUAUAUAACAAAUGAAAGUCUUAAUGAUUUUGCAUUGAAUUUAAUCAAUCUUGAAACGUUGAACUUAUCGUUUAAUAAUGUAAACAAUUUUGCGCCUCUAUCCAAAUUGAAAAAACUACAUACCUUGGACUGUUCAAUGAAGAUUAGCUUCUGGUCAUGUGAUACUUUCUCGUCUCUCUUAACCUUAGAGAACAUUAAAAAGAUGAUUGUUUCCACUGAAGUAUCCGGAUCGCAUGAUUUAGAAUUGGAUGAUUUCUUGAAUCAUGCUAAAUACUCCCAAAUAAAGUCUUUAGAUAUACAUGGUUAUUUUAUUAAAGAUGAAGGGAACUUAGUGUAA